AUGGAGCCUCAAAAGCAAAAGUAUGCUCAAAUUGCAGAUCGGAAGAAUUUAUUAUCCGAGACACCUAGCUUUAAGGAGGUUGAGAGGUUUGUAGAUCCUACCCAGAAUCAAUUGAAUCACCUUAAUCCUACCAGAAAAGCACUGGCUAAUGUUGUGAAUCAUUAUCAGAGCCCCAAGAAAUCUUCUAUACAAUUAUAGAUCACACAAAAACUCUGAAGCAAGAAAACAUCGUAAUCAACCCAUUCAAGAUCAGCGACACUAAAUCUAUUUCCAAAAAGAAAGAAAACCGGCGCUACCUCGACACCUCUGAAGAAGAUUUUGACCUAGGUAGUAGGAACAGCUCUCUCAUUUCCGAUCAUCCAGACAUCAACGAGGCAAAAUUAUCGGAUUGUAAAUCCCUAUAUACUUCAGAUGCCCAGCCCUGCUUCCCAGAACCAUCUUUUUCCACAGACUUGGGGACCCCUUUGACAUCCCAAACUCUUGGGGUCCGGCCUUAUCUUUCAGGCUCAGCCCUCAAGUCCCAUAAAGCUAGUAGCGAUCAGGACAUAAUUGGAGUUUGUAAAAUAGCUAAAACUAGAAACAGAUCGUUUAAGAGCAAAAACACAGUAAUUCUUUUUUUAAUAUCACAGGGAUCCAUUCAAAAUAAAUCUGUACAUAUACUCAAAAAGGGCACGCAAAUUACACACCAAAACACUCUCCAAACCUACCUCAAAUACAGCAAGAAAAAACUUAAAUAAACCAAAGAUCAAGAAGCUUAAACCCGAAUUUUCAAAAAAGCUUUCAAAACGGGAUACAUCACGAGAAAAAAUGUUGAAAGAUAAGAUUCCAAGAGAUAUAACUCCAAGAGAUAUAACUCCAAGAAAUAUAACUCCAAGGAAUAAACUUUCAAGAAAUAAACUUUCAAGAAAUAGAACUCCAAGAUAUAAAACUCCAAAAACUAAAACUCCAAAAACUAAAACUCCAAGGACUAAAACUCUAAAAAGUAAUACUUCAAAAGAGAAAACUUCAAAAGAGAAAAUUUUAAAAAUAAAACUCAAAGAGAGAAAACUACAAAACAAAACCUUAAGCCUCAAAAGUACCAGAAAAACACCAAGAGAAAUCAUAAAACUUCGCCCUAAAAACUCCGCAAAAAAUUCUACCAAAAAGUACAAAAUCCUUGACCAGAAGCUCUUCAAACCUCGGGGGAGCACCCCUCAAAGCUUACACCAUACAAAACUCUCAAAAACCUUAUAAAAAGCCAAAAUCCUUCUCAAACUUCAAGAUCUGCUUCUAAACCUCAGAGCCAGCCGAUUGCUCCAAAACUACUCAAAUCAGCUCUUAUGAUCCCAAAGAGAUGCUUAAAACCGGCUUUUAAAAUCCCAAAAGCUAGGCCAAAGACUACUCAGAAGGAAUAUAGACCUUCCAUUCGUACAAAAUCAGAGGAGGGUAAUGAUAGAGAAAGAGUGGAAACUGAGCCUAGUGUAGAUAAAAAUAGCAUUAUGGGUCAUAGUGUUGACGUAGCAAGGUCGAAGCAUCAGAUACAUGCGCCUAAUGCAUCCAAAUCUGCUUAUCAGAGCUACAUCACUUAUAAUCCUCAGAAAUACUCGAAAAUAUCUUCUCAUUCAGUUAAAAAUAAACAAGCUGAGCGGAAAAGAUUAAAAAUAUACAGAAUGAGAGCCAAGGAUCUGGUAAAAUAUCCUCAAGAAAUAAAGGUCCAUAAAAUGCCCAAAACACUAAACUCAAUAAACCCAAAUUCAGCCCACCCCAGGACCUCCCGCACCGAAGAACCCUCUCAAGCCUCCAAAUGAGCCACCUUCGAAAGCCCAGUCAGAAAACCCUCUCCACUAGUCCCAGUCAUGACUCCAAAUUUUCCACACAAAAAUGGUCAGACCUAAUCCCCC